AUGGGGCCACUGACUGCCCAGUCCUCUGCUCGCCAGUGCCAGUCCCAAUCGGGAGAGACCUACAGCUGCCAGCACUACCUCCCCUCCCAGGUGCCAGGCAUGGUGCUGGGCCCCUGUCAGUUGCUUUUCUGGGGUUUGUGCGGGCCAGGAGGUGUGUCCCGAGUUCCGCUUCUGAGCAGUAUCAGCACUUCCUGCCAGGAGUGCCCUGGAGAAAGCAGGUACCCCACCUGCCGCCCUGUCUCACCUGCCUUUCUGGUGGUUUUUUCCAGCCCCAGCCUGCUCUUACUGCUGCUCAGCGGCCUGAGUGCUGAGAUUCAACAGACAGAAGUCAGAGCAAAGGUGGGCAGCCACUGUCUGCUGAGCUGCGUGUACCCCGGGAGGCUGCAUUUUGACCUGGACGACGUGUACAUUUACUGGCAAAUCAGCAAGUCCAACACUGCGGUGACGUACCACAUCCCCAGGAACAACUCCUCGGGGCAAGCUGACAGCCGCUACCAGGGCCGGGCCCACCUAUCGCUGGACAGCGUGGAGCGGGGCAACUUCUCACUGCAUUUACGAAACGUCACUCCGCAGGAUGCACAGAAGUUCACCUGCCUGGUGUUCAGGAAGUCCCUGAACAUGAGGAAGAUUCUGGAAGCCGUGGUCACACUUCGGGUGGCAGCCAACUUCAGCAUGCCCGUGGUCGGCAGGCUCGUGGCCAGCACCCCCAGUGGGCCCUCUCAGGACCAGGUGCUCACCUUUACCUGCACAUCUACCGACGGCUACCCGCAGCCCAAGGUGUACUGGAUCAACAGGACGGACGCCAGCCUGCUGGACAGGGCUCUGCACAACGACACGGUGUCCUUGAAUGUGCGCGGCUUGUACGACGUGGUCAGUGUGCUGACUGUGCCCUGGGUGCCCAGCCCGAGCGUGGGCUGCUGCAUAGAGAACGUGCUCCUGCAGCAGAACCUCACCAGCAGCGGCCCUGCAGAGCCUUCCGCCGGAGGCAACACCAGCAGGAUCACAGAGACCCCGGGCCUGGCCCCCGGGGAAGGCAGCAGGGCUGUCACCAUCGUCAUCGCCGUCCUGGGGGUGGUGGCCGUGGCCCUGGCCGGAACCUGGGCCAAAUGUCGUCCGAGAAGCUACACAGGUGCCCGGGCUGUGACGCAGGAGCAGGAGCUCACAGGCUUCUCUGCCCACCUUCUGAUGAAGCCACCUAACUUCAAAGGAAAAAUCACCCCCUGAGUCUCUCAUGUCCACGGAGGAAGGAAGAGCCCGCAGCUUGGUGUUCACUGUCCUCUGUUCUCUGCCGACCGGGAGGAGACGGGAUGGAGUGGGGGGUGCUGGGCUGCGUCAGCCCGGAAACCGACUCGUGGUUUCUGCAGCUGAUUGCGCACACCAGCAGGGCGGCUAUACGUCACCGGAGCCCUGCAGCCUCGUGAGGUCUGGAGCACAGUGAGGGGCACAGAAGGCAGCAGACAGCGCCGUGGAGGAUGGAUGAUCUGGGAGCCCGGGGUGGGCCGAGCCGGCUAGGCCUGAGGGCACCACACUAGGGGAGGACGGCCUGAGCUCUCUCUCGAUGAGGAGAAUUGGGCCAAAAGCUCGGCUCAGUGAGUUUCGCCCGGGACACCAGCUGUGGCCAGCGGCGCAGUCCUCCUCAGGACAGCUGGGCCCGUCCACUCGGCAGUGCCCGGGCUCCACAGCAGGGUCCAGGCUCCGGGCAUCACUGUCCAAAGCCCCACAGGCCAUGGUGUCCAUUCUGCCUCCAGCCCUAACCGUCCCAGGAGUCUGGGAAACCGGAGUCCUUGACAGACGCCAGCUGACAGCACUGUGGGGAGCUGGACUCAGCCUGACAGACAUUAGCUGAAGUUCCCUUCCCGACUUCCGGUCUGUCUUCAGGCUGAAAGAGGAAGUGGCACUGCUGUGGCCCCAGGAGACACAUGGAAAGGUCUUCCAACAGAGCCCCAAAGCUGGGCCUGCACCCCUCAGCACUGUGAGGACCUCUGAGACCAGAGGGCCACGCGAUGCACACAAGGGCCCCAGGCCCACAGCAGUGACACCAGCAUCACAGGAGUCCCCUGAGGGAGAGGCUCCUCGGUGAGGAAGCAGCCAGCUCAGAGGGCCUGGGGCCAGCUGGGACCCAGACACGCUCAGGCAGCAUUCGGGGCCUGGACAGCGACUGCCCACGGGUGUGUGUGUGAGUGUGAAUGUGAGUCCCUGCCACGUGCCGUUCCCCGGCUCCCCCCAGGGCAGACAAGGUGUCCAGGCCCUUGGGAGGGGGCACAGACGGUGACCCUGGGCUGCCCAUGGGGGCCACCAGCCAGCAGGGACAUCCAGCUGCACUCCAGGGCUCGGGGAAUACACACCGCACCCCAGGGUGUCACAGCCACCAAGGGGUGCGAUGGAAGACUCAGGCAGCUUCCUGACUGCACCGACCUGGGAAAGCCUCAGCUCCAGAGCCACAGGGCCCAAGAAGGCGCAGCUGCCCAAGCAGACGGGUACGGAGACAGGGCCAGCCAUGCUGUCCUGCCGCCCAGACUCAGGCUGGCUAAGCAGGACAGUGGAGGCAGAAGAAGGGGCACAGCACCUUUGGGGCUCAGUCCCGCCAGUAGCUGGCCUCUGUCGCCCCAGCAACACCCCAUGGCCCUGCAUGGUCCCCUCCUCUCAGCCUGGCAACCUCGUCAGCAUGGCACUGUCCUAUGGGCAGGGGCAGCCUGGCUGCCUAUGAGCCCAAGGGCAACACCCCACCCACACUGCACCACAGCCCUAGUAGAGGGCUCUGUGUUCCCAGAGAACCCACGAUUGGCCUCCUGUCACUGUGCCAGGACACCCUGGAGGGGUUACAUGGUGGGCACACACUGCAGGUCUCAUCAGAACAUCCUGGGAGCUUUAUUUUCUUAUUUAUUUAUUAUUUUGGUUCUUGAAGACAAGGACUCACUAUAUAGUUCAUGCUGGCCUUGGACUUAGCAAUCCUCCUCCUACCUCAGCCUCCUGGACAGCUGCAACUACAGCCAGCACCUUCAUGCCUGGCUUUAGUGUCCUUUUCAAAAAGACUGUUAAAGCUGGGUGUGGUGGCACACCCCUGUAAUCCCAGCAGAUGGCCAAGCUGGGACCAGGGGACCAUGGGGAGGACCCCACACACACACUCUGGGAGCAGGUUCCAGAUGGGUCCCAGGCAAUUCCAGACACCUCGGGUGCACACAGAUGAGCAGCCCCUCUGAAGAUGGUCUUAUAAAACACUUUUCUUAUAAAACCCUCCAAGAGCCGGGCAUGG